UUUUUUUGCUGUCUAAUUUACAUUCAUGGCCGCCGCAUCCGUCGGCUCCCUCUCUACAUCGCUUUCUGCCUCCGUCACACGAAUCUUGUCUUUGACCGGAUUCUCCCCAGAGCUCAAGACUAAGGACAUCCAGAACGCAUUUUACGAGUGGGAAAGCCAGGCAGGCGGAUUUAAAAUCAAAUGGGUGGAUGAUACCAGUCUUCUUCUCGUCUUUGCUGAUGCUGGUGUUGCCAAACGAGCAUACUUGCAAUCCCUCCUUAAUCCUCCUCCUACUCUAAGUUCUUCAACUUCACCCGAUAGUCUCCGAGUCAGACCCUAUGAUGGACCCGAUGCUCAGGCUGUAAUCUACACCGUAAACAAUCGUCGCAACAAUAACACCCGCGGAUCGGUCUCUGCCCCUGCAAACAGCCACUCUCGGAGCAUAAGCGUCAGUGGUGCUGGGAAAUCUGGUGGAUGGAAAUCGAACAAUGGCGCAGGCCUCGCUGGAUCAAUGCACGCGCCUGGCGCGAGUGGCAGCGGAAACUCUUCCCCCACCUUGCCGAACCUCGCUACUCAACCGACUCUCAACUCACUCAUCAGUUCAUCGCUCAAUAUGGGAUCAUCUGAUUCCAUUGGGAUCAGUGUUUCCCUGGAGAACGGCACCAUAGCUUCACAGGGCCACGACUCUGCACCGCCACGUUUUGGAGAUCCUGCACGUCGUAUGGUGGGCGCUGCGUUAGGUGUUAGGCAUCCCGGAAUUGCGCCUAAGGGAACUCCUGAGAGGCGUGGCAAUGGUAUCAAUAGUGGCGAUAUCAGGUCGUUGGGCAAUGCGAUGGGAGGUUUGGUCAUUGCUGAAUGAAGGUGGAGUUGUGGUCAUGGACUGUGUCUAUUUUUCGAUUCUCUUUUCUUCGCCGUUAUCCUUCAUGAUAAAGCAUACUUUUUUAGCCUUUCAAUCCAUGUUUUGGCCAUGCUAUGGAAAACAAUUAAUACUGACCAAUACAAUUGAUGUUGUCUAUUCAA